CUAGAACCCUGAAUUUCACGUUGGGACCGCACCGGGCCACGGAGGCCAGGCCGUCCUUCCUCCGCCUACUGCCAGUUCGGCCUCCUGCGUGGGACCCUGCCCCGCUAGUCCCGCGCCCGUGGAGCUGCCAUGAUGCCGUCGCCGCCGCUUUGCACGCUGCCGCCAGGCUCGGGCCCUCCCCGCUUCGUGUGCUACUGCGAGCCGGAGGGCGGCGGGGACGGGGACCGCGGCGGCUUCAACCUCUAUGUGACCGACGCCGCGGAGCUCUGGAGCACCUGCUUCUCGCCGGACAGCCUGGCGACCCUCAAAGCCCGCUUUGGCCUGAGCGCGACAGAGGACAUCACCUCCAGGUUCAGGGCAGCCUGUGAACAGCAAGCAGUGACUCUAAGCUUGCAAGAGGACAGAGCAUCUCUGACACUUUCAGGGGGACCCUUGGCAUUGGCCUUUGACCUCUCCAAGGUGCCAGGCCCAGAAGCAGCCGCCAGGUUGCAGGCGCUGACUCUGGGCCUGGCAGAGCGUGUGUGCAGUCUGGAGAGGCGGCUGGCAGCCAUAGACGAGACAGCCCCCAGCCCCAGGAAGAGCUUCCGGCCUGCAGAGCCUCAGCACUUCUUGCCAGACCCUGAUCACCAGAGAGGUGGCGCUGGACCUGGGAUCAGGAGACGGUGCCCAGGGGAGUCCCUCAUCAACCCUGGCUUCAAGAGAAACCAGCUGGUGGAGUUGACUUUGAUGAAACCUGACAGUACAGCAAAAUAUGCGUCCUUGCCAGAAGUCUGCCUGUGAGGGAAGGGGUAGCCCAAGACCUCACCAUCACAAACCCCUCCUCGACUUCCUCUGCCACUGGGCAAGAAUGAGGUUGCUCUUCAAGCCCCUUCUCUAUCAAAUAAAAGGCUCCCUCAGCAGACUUGGGGUUGGUCCUCGGGAAGGGGCCAGAGGAUCCCCUUUUGACCUGCUCUGCGUAUGGAGGCACAAUAUGGAAAGAGGUGCACCAGGCUCCCUGCUCCCUGGAAGAGGCUCCUCACGACUGGGUCUGGGGGGACCAAAACUCUCUCAGACCUGUCCAUCUGUUCCUGCAUGGUCAGCCUAGAAGCUGAGGGGUCCAGCUAGGAAAGGCCAGGGUUCCCUAAGGCUUGGUAUUCUGUCCCACCCUUCUAGGCUCCACCCAGACAGGACCUGGCCACUCAUGCCUCAUAAGGCAAGGAUGCAUGUGGGAGGAGUCCAGGGAAGAUACAUGUU